GAGCCAGAAUGCAAUGAGGUAGAUGGCAUUCACGAUCACGAUAUAAACAUUAACGAACAAGUAACGAAUGCGCGGUUAGUGAAAUCUUUUAUUUUAAUUUGUUUUUUUUAUUUUCUAUUUCUAUAAUUAAUGAGAGAGCCCUGAAUCGUAUUUAUAAUUGAUGUCUGCAUGUAUAGUUAACGAUUUUAUAUAUAAUUUAGACUAACGUAAGAGAACACAUGUGCAACAUUUUAUAAUAGAUUUGUCCACAGAAUGAGUAUCCACAGAAUUUGUCGAUUAACUCAAGGCAUGAGAAGUCCUUACAAAUGUUGCACAGAAAUGUCUAUUCUCCGAAUUAUAGUAAAGCCAAAAUUUCCAAAGGCAAAUGCUUCAAAUAUAAGUACAAAUCAAUAUAAGAAUAAUUCUUGGUAUUCGUUUAUUAAGCAAAAGAAAUGGACUGUUCCUAUUGGAGUCGGAGUAUCCUUAUUAGCAACAUUACAAUGGAAAUAUAUGAGAGAAUAUUCGUAUAUAACUGAAGACAACGAUGUGUAUGAGCCAAUCAAUAGUUUUAUGGUCAAAUGUUAUUAUUUUCUACCAUUUCGUGUAAUAAGUAGAAUAUGGGGCUGGUUAGCAAGUUUGGAAUUGCCAAUUAGUUUGAGACCAACUUUAUAUGGAUUUUAUGCAAAGACUUUCGAUGCCAAUUUAGAGGAGGUUGCAUUAGACUUAUCAGACUUUCCAAGUCUCGGUGAUUUUUUUGUUAGGCCACUUAAAUAUGAUGCGAGACCUAUCGAUCAGAGUACAAGCAUAGUUUCACCGUGUGAUGGAAAAGUAGUAUAUUUUGGACCAGUGACAUCUUGUUCCGUACAACAAGUGAAGGGCGUUAAUUACAAUCUUAGACAUUUCUUGGGUGAUAUAAGUACAUCUUACUUGGACAAUUUAAAAUUGACGAAAGAAGAUGAAGUUUACAUAAAAUCGCUAUUGAAAAAUCCAGUGCUGAAUCAAUUGUAUCAACUAACGAUUUAUUUAGCUCCAGGAGAUUAUCACAGAUUUCAUAGUCCUACCGAUUGGGAAAUAGAAUUUCGUAGACAUUUUCAAGGAAAACUUUUAAGCGUCAACCCAAAAGUAGCUCGAUACCUACCAGAUUUAUUUUCGUUAAAUGAGCAUGUAGUGUACAUUGGUAAAUGGGCUGGUGGAUUCAUGGCUUACGCCGCAGUCGGUGCUACGAACGUUGGUUCUAUAAGAGUAUACUGUGACAAAGACCUACACACGAAUACUAUCAAGUGGCCUCAAGCGAAGCAUUGGGACGAUGCUAGCCUAGGUUGUACGCAUCUAAACAAAGGUGAUCUGUUCGGUGAAUUUAGAAUGGGAUCUACCAUUGUGUUGCUAUUCGAAGCUCCGAAAGAUUUUAAGUUCUGCGUGGAAGCAGGACAGAGGAUAAAAGUGGGACAAGCAGUAACUUUGACCGAGCAUACAAAUCAAGUUGAAGAAGAACAACGUGAACGUGAACACUCGUUAUGACAAUUAAUAUCGCACGUAUCGCUCGACUGGAAGUAUGUUUGGAGAAUAGACGUAUGAACUUUAGGAACUGAUUAAUUGAUCUCGUUACUUAAAAAACUAAUUCUGAUGACGUUACUUUCACCUUGUACAGAGUUCUGCGUGCGAAUGUGAUCCCAGAAUGAAAUAAAAUGAUACUAUCGAUUUGUUAACAAUUUAUAUUCUGUAAAACAUGAAUGAUUUCGUAAAUAAGCAACCCACUACAUAAUUUAAAUAGCUGACCUUUCAUAUUUUAAGAAGUUCAAUUAUUCUCAUCAAUGGAUUUCUGAACGAUAAACACUUCAAUAAAUACAAGUUCCUCAUAUUUUUUAAGUACCAACGUUAUUUAAGUAAUAUCGUUCAAUUUAUUUUGUGAAACGAUGUAUUAGAUAUUUACUACACUUAUAUUCUUAAAUAUUGUAUAGACAAAUGCCCGAUAUUGUAAACAUCUUAUAAUGUAAAUGUGAAACGUGUAAACAAUUGUAUAAAUGUUUUCGUAAUAUUUA